UAAGGAAAUGAGAGUCGAAAAGGAGGACAAAGACAAGCUGACCACCAAGAUUGACCCCAGACCAGAGAAGAUGUCUGUUCCAAAGACCUCAAACUUGAUUGCUGAGACGCCGAGGCCUGUGAAGCCUGACACCAAGGUCAUCAAGCACAGCAGCGAGGAGCUACCUAAAAAAUCUGAGGACACCAUAGCACCCAAUAAUAACGUAACCAAAAAAUAUGAGGUCACAAACUCAGUAGCAAAGAAGUGUGAGGUCACUGCUUCUUUGGCGAAGAAGUGUGAGGUCACCCCCACCAUUGCCAAGAAGUACGAGGAACCUGUUUCCAAGCGGACAGAAGAAACUCUUGUACCUGAUGUAGUUAUAAAGAGUGCUGAGUCCCCAGAGGAGAGCCAGGCACUGUUGGUGUCCUGUGUACCCGAGGCAGUGGUGAGUAAGGUGGUGGACAAACCCGACCCUGUGACUCGGGCCGGCGGGGAACUCAGUGCCUCAUCCCGUGCUACCACCACCACCACCACCACAACAACCACCACUCCUAAGAAGAGACAUCGGCUGGAAGUGGAGCUGAGCCACACUCCAGCCACUGCCACCAGGGCCACCUCAGGUCUGGUGAAGGGUAAGGUGGAGAAGGAAGUCCCUAAGACGAAAGAAAAGGAACUGUCCAUCAAAGUGCCAGUGAACAAGUCCCCCAAAGCUACCAAAGAACUGCCCCCGAAGGAGACCAGUAAUGUGCUGCUACCUAAGGAAGAAUCCACAUGUGAUAAUGGCCCCAAAGUGUGUGUUGCUGAGAAGAAGGAGGAGGAGGUGGAGGAAAAGAAGCCCAGUGAUGAUAUGAGUGUUGAGAAGUUUCAGGAAGCCUUGGAGCCUUUUGUUCAGAUAACAGAGACUGUAUCUGAAACUGAGCCUCCAAAGGAAAGCUCUGGCACACACUCAGACAGUGACAUUCCCAGUGAACAUGAUCCGCUCUAUGAAAGUGACCAGAGUGGCUUCUCUUCUGACAAGGAGGGUCCCGUGGAAAUUCCCAUAAAAGUGCCUCAGAAAAGACUGAAGAAGAAGAGGGAGUUGAGGUCACCGAUUCCAAAGGUGACUGACAAACCUGUACCUGCUGAAGUCACAGAAGAUAACGAACCGCCCCCUUCCAAGAAAAAGAAAAAGCUUAAACGCAGGAAAAGAAACAGGACAGGAUUCCCGACCAUAAGGAAAAAGAAACGCAAGACCAAAGACCUUGACCAGAAAGAGAAUGAGACUGAAGAGAAGCCUAAUGGUGAACCCUGUGAUAAUAAGAAUGCCAUGGAAAUAUCAGAGACUUCAGUUAAGACAGACUCAGGAAACAUGGUAGUCAAUAACCCAGGCAGCAGUGCAGCACCAACUUGUCCACCUCCUGCAGACCCCAGUGCCCAGCCAAGACCCGGUGAUUCAGAGCCUAACCCUGUCAAGUACGAAGGCAAGGAAGCUGUUGGUGCUCCUGCUGCUCCCAUGCCAGAGUCUGAACAGCUAGCAGCAAAGACAAUCAGAGUCGAUACCCCAGCAUCCAAAGAUUCUGUACCCAUCCCAACACCAAGACCAAGAGGACGCCCAAAGAAGACAAGCACAGAAAGAAAGUCAUCAUCAAGAGCACCGUCAGUGUCUCCCUCACAGUCACCAGAGAAGGGACCCAAGCAGCUGCGGGAGUCCUUGAGGGAGAGGAGAUCCACUAAGCCUCCUGAAGCUGUCCCUCAAGAGAAGAAGAUAGAGACUGAGCAAGAUGAGCAGCAGUUGAAGAAGAUGCUGGAGAGAGUGGCCACUGGUAUUGGAUGUCGGACAAGGAGGAAGAGGGACCUGAGUGAAGAGAGUGUGAGAACAGUGCAGUCAGAAGGGAAGAGGCCAAGAAGACAUGCCGAGGAGGAGAUGGAUGACUGUGAUGCAGUGGUGCUGUCCUCAGAGUCCAUGCCCAGUAGUGAGCCACCCUCCGGGGACGAGAGCAGCCGCACCCUGACAGGACACAGAAAAGUGCCGCGCUGGAGGAAGAAGUACCUCGUGGCCGGACUUUUCUCGGAUUACUACAAGGAGGGAGAGCCUCGGAGGAGAAACGGAGAAGUGUCCAUGCCAAAGAACAAGUUGACCUACGACCCCGAGGAGCACAUCCACGGCCUGCUCCCUCCUCCCUGCUACUGCCGCAAGUGGCUGAGGGAGCGGCAGAUUGACUUUGUGCUGCCCUACGACCUGUGGUGGCUGCAUGAACACAACAUGCUGCCUGGCCGUGAUAUUGUGCCCUCAUGGAAUUACAAGAAGAUCAAGAGCAAUGUCUACUAUGAUGUUAAACCUAAUCAUGACUAUGAGUCCCAACCUUGUAGUUGCAAGCGACCAACCAAGCCAGGGGAGCGUGGCUGUGGUGACGACUGCAUCAACAAGAUGAUGCUCAUUGAGUGUUCCUCCCAAACCUGUCCCAUCACUGACACAUGUGGCAACCAGCCCAUUCAGAGACACGAAUACCGCACCUGCCUUCAGCGCUUCAUGACACCUGACAAAGGCUGGGGCAUCAGGACCACCGAGACCAUCAAGGCAGGAACCUUCAUCCUGGAGUAUGUCGGGGAGGUAGUGAGCGAGAAGGAAUUCAAGAUCAGGAUGCAGACAAGGUAUGCCAACGACACCCACCACUACUGCCUUAACCUGGACCGAGGUAUGGUGAUUGAUGGCCACCGCAUGGGGGGCGACUGUCGCUUUGUGAAUCAUUCCUGUGACCCCAACUGUGAGAUGCAGAAGUGGUAUGUCAAUGGCCAGUACCGCAUGGCCCUUUUUGCCCUCAAGGACAUUGAACUUGGCACUGAACUGACCUACGACUACAACUUCUCCCUCUUCAACCCAGCGGAGGGACAGGAGUGCAAGUGUGGGUCAGACAACUGCCGGGGAGUGAUUGGGGCAAAGUCUCAGAGGGUGAACGGCUACGUGGACGAUAAGAAGAAGGCUGCAAAGAAGGAGGUCGGCAAGAAGCGUAAGCGUGGAGCUGCAUCAGAGGUGGACAACUACCUUCCACGGCCACAUAUCACACCAAUGAAGCCUCUGUCCCACCAACAGCAACUCUUCAUCCUUACACACCGUUGUUUCCUCAUUCGCAAUCUAGAGAAAGUUAAGAGAUCAAGAGAUCGGCUGAGUCGCUGUGCAGAGAAGAAAGCUGAGGAGGUGCUGGAGGAUCCUGAGGAACCAAGCACGAGGGUUGAGAAGUUCCUGACCCACUUCACGGCUCUGAACACUGCCCGCUCUGUCAAAACAAGACGAUUGGCCCAGGCAGAGGAUGAUCCAGAGAUGACUCGACUAGCUAAAUUAGCACAGAUAUUCAAGGACAUCUAUGACAAACUUGUUGCUUCAAGGGACGCCAACGACAAACCCCUGGCGACCCCAUUCAUGACACUGCCCUCGAAAAAGAAGUACCCAACUUACUACACAAGAGUUGGUGAGCCAAUUGAUUUAGCUCAGCUGGAGAAAAACAUCCUUACUGGACAUUACAUCACUGCUGAGUCUUUUGACCGAGAUGUAAUGCGUCUCUUUGCCAAUAACCUUAGAUUUUUUGGACGCAACACUGAAAUUGGACAGAUGGCCGUUGGUCUGCGGCGAGUGUACAGUGAAUGUAAGCUGCAGUUCAAGCCCCUUCUGGAGGAGGUUCUUGGAGAAGAUGCACUGCCACCUGCCUUCGCAAACUCCUCUCCAAACGAAGAAUUUGAAGAUGAGGAUGUGAUUCGGUGUGUGUGCAACCUUCACCGGGAUGAGGGAGUCAUGAUCCAAUGUGAGCGUUGUCUGGUGUGGCAACACUGUGACUGCAUGGGGGUCACUGACUCCCCUGAACACUACUUGUGUGAAGAGUGCUCUCCUCGCCUCAUCUCCCCUGAAGUGCCCAUGAACCCUCAGCCUCCAGAUGCCCCAAAAGACCACAAGUAUUUCAUCACACUGUUGAGAGAUAACCUACAAGUCAAACAAGGGGACAGUGUUUAUAUCCUGCGUGACCGUCCACAACAGAAGAGCGGAGAGAGAAGACAGCCGGCUUACCGUCUUGCCAAGGAUGUCAAGCCUCACGACCUCUUGAUAUUCAAAAUUGAGAACCUGUGGAUUGAUGAAAAGGGAGACAAAUUUGCGUUUGGACACCACUACCUGCGUCCACACGAGACUUUCCAUGAACCGUGGCGCAAGUUCUUCCCAAAUGAAGUGAUUCGCUCACCCCUAUGUGAGAUUCUGCCCCUGGACAUGGUCAUCAAUCACUGCUGGGUACUGGACCUCAACAGUUACUGCCGAGGGAGACCCAUUGGUGCCCAGGAGGACCAUGUGUAUGUGUGUGAAUAUCGGGUGGAUAAGGGGGCGAGGGUCUUCUCCAAGAUCAGCAAACCCAAAUACCCAAUCUGCAUCAAGCCUUAUGCCUUCAUUACCUUCCCUGAGAGACUCCGGCCACAACGCACCUACACGCCACAUGAAGUGAUAUCCAAUGGCCGUGGCCGCAGCGGCAGCAGUGGCGGCUCCAAGGACAGCCACACUGGGUCUGAGGAGCACAGCAACAGCAGCAGCAGUGGCCACAACAGCAGUGGCAUCAACAACAACAACAAUUCAAGUGCAGCCAGUAACAACACUAAUACUUGCCCUAAACCCAGCACUCCUGCAACUAGUAAUGGCACAACCAGCAACAGUGACAGCAUCAACAACAAUAGUGCAAGCACCACCACCAACAACAGCAACAACAGCAGCAGCAACAGCAACAAUAACAACACUACUAGCAACACCAAUACCAAUAGCCUCAACAGCAGCAGUAGCAGCAGCAGCACCAGCGGCAGCAGCAGCAGGAGCAGCAGGUCUCGAGACAGAGGGGUCCUGCCUCCUCCCCCUGAUGAGAUUGACGACCACACCCCGCUGGCUACUAGAGCCAAGAAGCGAGUGCGAGUCAACAGUGUGGCUACCAAGCUUCUAGGUCAGCUCCCAGCAAAAGGGGUGAUAGACCUGAGUUACCUGUUAGAAAAUAAUAAGAGGCAGCGCAAGAAAACAGCAGCGUUUACCUCAUGAGAUUGGCUCAUAGGCUGGAACGGCCACCUCACUCUAAAGGAAAUGGAGGGCCAUAUGUAAAGAUUGGUAUCUAUAAGGUAUUUUAAUUCUAAUUGUCAAUUGAUCAACAUACAGACCAGCACAAGCAUUUCCAUUUAUAUAUACACAUUAUAUAUAUAUAUAUAUAUAUAUAUAUAUAUAUAUAUAUAUAUAUAUAUAUAUAUAUAUACAUAUAUAUACAUAUAUAUACAGUCACAUGUUUACCAUAGAGAUCUUUCUAAAGAGUGCAAUUAUCUGUAUGAAUUGUUCAGCUUCAAUUGGACUCGUUGUUUGACAUCUCCACAUCAUUCAUCCUUGUUAACUAAUUCCUGACCCAAAAACAUUUCACAUGUACAUAUUGGUCACAUCAGGAAAUUUACUGUUGGGACAGUUAUAAUUUAAUGUUAGUUGAUGUUACAAGUUUUAGUCUAGAAAUCUGCAUCCUUAACCUGCAGUAUCUGGAUUUCAAAAGCUACAUUUAAAGAUUAUUGGAUUGUCAGGUGAAGUAGGUACACCAGCUGGGCCAAGGUGAGGUGCCUUUGUCACGCACUCACUUCACGCUGACACCAGAUCUCUAUGAGCCAGACAUCCACACACACACAACACAACACCAAAACAAAGUAGCAGACAGAUAACACUUACGAAUAAAUUUAAUUAUCGAGGAAUUUGAGUGUCGUACCAGCCUGAUGUUUUUUGUAACUAAAUUGAGGGGUUUUUUUUGGGGGGGGGAGUUGUAGUUUUUAUUUUAUUUUAUUUUAUUUAUUUUUUAUUUAUUUAUUUAUUUAUUUAUUUUUUAAGAAGAGUGUGACUUGUCUGCUUACUUGAGUCACAAGCUUAGGUUUUACAGAAAAGCUAAAAGUGGCAGACUUAGUAACAAGUUGCAAAGAAAGUGUCAUUGUGAAUUUUAGCUUCUCUGGAGUCAUAUGGUUUUUGUCUUUUACUGUCAAUGAAUGGAUUAUUAUUUUGUCCUAAACAUUUUGAAAGCUUUUGGGAACCAUCACCAAGUGUAGAUCUGAUUUCUUGCAGUUAAUUGUAUCCAGAAGUCUGUUUGAGAAACAAGUAAUGCAAGAAAACAUGUAACUGGUAAAGUGAAAAGUUUACCAUUUACAUGCUUCAUUUGAUUUUGUGUGUUAUUGACAGUUCAACAGUAAGAAGCUUAAAGAACCAUCAUGCAAAUUGAUAGAUCUGAUUUUUUCCACAAGGUGUUCAGAAGCAUACUGAAAAUGUAUUUAUGCCAUUUUAGAGUUCUCUGAAAAAGAAGUAAGUUUCUUUUUCUCAGACUCUACAACUUGAAAUGUGAGAUUUGGGCAUGGACUUUAAAGUAGAAAACAAAUGCAUUAUCAGAUGGAAUAAAUCUGACAUGAAAUAUUUUAACUAUAGAAAUUCCUAUGGAAUAUAAAGAUGAUCAAAUUGGUCUUUAAAUGCAAAUGGUGAUUACCUGUAAAAUUAUAGCUUUCUCUGCCAUUUUAUAGUGAAAUUUUAGCAUAGUAAUGAAUAAUGUAUUUUAUUCUUUCUCAGAUGUUUUGUUAAGACUUGGCACAUAUAUUGUGCAUGAUGCUGGAAAUGAGUUAGUACCUUGAGAAAUACUGCCAAGUGGUACAGUGUUACCUUGCUGAAGGAGAAACACUUGAGGCUUAACACGUUGAAUGCGAACAAAGUGAAUUACACGAGAGAUAAUCUAGGUCAGCUUUAGCACGUCCUUGUGUAGCAAUAAUGGGCCAGCGCCAGCACGGCUAGGCCAGCUGUCCAUCUGCAGGGGGCUGGCCAGAGAGAAUGGAUGCUCUGUGCACUAUGAAGAACAUAAACUGUACUUAUUGAUAUCUUGUGUAAGUUCAGCACAAUAACCGUUUUUAAACACAUAGGUUAUAAGAGAUAUGGCUGUAAGUUAUCCAGUUUUAUAAAUGUACUGCUUGUAUAGAUGAUAGGUGUAAGAAAGUACAAAGAUUUUCUUAUUUUUUAUUUAAUUUUUUACUAGUGUGUAUAAAACUGGAGGGCAAGCUUUUCUGUAGAGUAACUAGUCACUGGACGCAUUAUGGUGCAUUUGGUCGAUCCUUCCAUCAUCCCUGUGUACAAGCAAGGAGCUAAGUGUUAUUGAUGCAAAUCUCAGUAUCUGAUACUGAAUUCACAUUCAAGAGUAUAUAAUACUCAUAUAUACAGUUUUUUACAUGUAAAUUAAGACAACAAAUCAAAAUUUCUUUUUAUAAAAAUAGAAAACGAUGGAUUUUGUAGUAGAUGUAUAACCUAUGAUAGUAAGUACAAGGAUUUUUAAGUUAUUUGAUUGAGAUUUUUAAUAUAUACUUUUAAUAAUGAACUUUACACUAAGUCAGAUUUCUGGUUUCUCUCAAAAUAUGUGUAAAUAUUGUUUGACUGGAGAGCAAGAAAGUGACUGAAUGCUGUGCAUUGUUGUAUGUAAAAUAGAAGGAAUAUUUUUAUAAUAAUGUCUGGCAGCUCUUUCGUUCAUGUCAUUGUUAUGGUGUUGUACUCCCUGUGCUGUUUCCCACAUGUUGUGUUUAUGUUUUCUGCACCUCACCUGGCAAGAUUAUUCACCAAAACAAUAUAAAACAGACAAAAAACAAACAAAAAAACAGGCAGCUUGAUAGGUUUCUGUAUCCUUGAGUCAAUAGCAACCUCUUCCCAGGUGGUACUUUUACUAAUUUACAGUAAACCAGAAAUGGGGAGGCACUUAGCCAGGUGUUUCUUGGAAAUUAGUGUAUCACAGUAUCUUGGAAGAAAAUUAUGCUUCUAUAUUAAAUUAUUUUUAUCAAAUUGUACCAAAGUACAAUGAACUUUACAACAACUGUAUAAUAACAUUAAAACCAAGAGAAGUACGUGUACAGAAGUUAACAUUGUGAUUAUCGUUAAUAUAAAUGACUGUUGUACAGAUACACACACACACACACACACACACACACACACACACACACACACACACACACACACACACACACACACACACACACACACACCUUAACAUAAGUCUAUGCACUUCACUAUGCUGCACAGCAUCUUCACUUCAUUCUGUCUCAUUACAUCCUCACCUUUCAAUUAAUUGACAUCGUAUCAUCACCUCAAAGAAUCCUUUCUUAACACACACACACACACACACACACACACACACACACACACACACACACACACACACACACACACACACACACACUUAACUGUACAAUGCAACACAAUACAAUACAAUACAAUACAGCGUUUGAGGCUUGCAUUCCAAGUGUUCCUCCCCUCCUGAAUACACGCUGAUAGUGCAUAAAUGAGUGAGAACUUUUGCUACUACUAUUUAGGUGUUGUUUAUUCUUUGUACUGGAGUGCGGCGGCGUCCGUGGCCCCCUGUUGCCGAUCCUUCCCUUGUUCACCCCUCCGUAGCGCCUCCCAACAUUCUCCCAGACUCACUCAGUAGGGUUAAGCAGUUACAACAGUACCAUUAGUUCAGAAGCUUUUUGCCAGUUAUUGCUGUUAACAGAUGUUAUGCAUGGUCCACACAAGUGUUUGUACAUGUAAAUUUGGUUUUAUGAGCCGGGGCCGGGGCUGGGGUGUGUGGCGACAGUGCUGGUCCAUUGACUGUGGUGGUAACUUAAUGAUAAUGUGAUGUCUGCCCGCUGCCCCUCGGCUGCGGUCCACAGUCUCACCAAGCAGUUUUACAAUUUUGCCUCCUAGUUAUACUGAUUUGUUGGGAGCUCCCUGUGUAGUAGAUUUUAAAGUUUUAUGUUAUUCAAUCCAUGUACAAGUGGCGGGAAGGUGCAUACCUCUACUGAAUACAAGAGCAUCUCACUUUCUGUCCGAAUAUGAACAAAUACAACAUUUCACAACAAAAUUUUUCAUGACAAUAGCCCAAUAUGCAUCUUCCCAUAUCUCAGGACAUAAUGUUCAUUUGUACAUAACCAUGAAAUUCAUCUUGGAAUAAAUUAUAAUUUUA